AUGCACGGGGUCCGGCAGGAGGGGGCCAUGGGGGCGCUGGCCGGGGCUGCUGCUCGCAAUCACCGCCCCCGAAGCCUGGGACCGAAGUGUGGAACUCAUACAGUUGACUUGAAAAGUAAAGAAACUGCCCUGUACUCUGUGUUCUUCUCUAGAAUUACUAGUUGGAGAAAUUCAACAGCUGGUGGACAUUCGUGGCAGGUCAUCUCCCUAAAAUUAGGUAAGCAUCACUUUUGUGGAGGAAGCUUCAUCCAAGACAAUUGGGUUGUUACAGCAGUGCAUUGCCUGGGUAGCCUAGAUGAGAAGCAACUUAAGAGUCUAACUGUGACUGCUGGGGAGUAUAACCUCUUUCAAAAGAAUAAGCAAGAAAAGAACAUUCCUGUCUUUUUCAUCCUAAGUACAACAGCCUUGGAUAUGAGUUCUGAUAUUUCACCGCUGUAUCUAAAACACAAAGUCAAGUUUGGGAACUCAACAAUCCCCCAAUGUCUUCCUCAUUGAGAUGGUAAAUUCGAAGUGGGUCUUCUUUGCAAGGCCAGUGGAUGGGGCACGUUUUCAGACAAAUCAGAACAUUAAAAUGUCCUACAGGAAGUGGAACUUCCCACCAUGGAUGACAGAACAUGUAAUGCAGUGCUCAAGGGUAUGAACCUUCCUCCCCUGGGAAGGACACUGCCGUGUGCUAGUUUUCGAUGGGGAAAGGAAGUCUGCCAGGGGGACUGUGGAGUACCGCUGACUUGUCGAAGAGGUGGUGGAAUGUGGACUCUUGCUGGGAUAACUUCCUGGAUGGCUGGUUGUGCUGGAGAUCCUUCCCCUCUCAGAAAUAACCACAGAAGAGCAUCACCCGAUAUUUUCUCCAAGGUGUCUGAGUUCAUGGAUUUUAUCACUCAGAACAUGAUCACAGACAUAGAAAAUCAAGUUGGAUGUAAUCAUGAUGAUGUAUCUUUACAAUCAAGCAAUGGCAUGCUUAUUAGUAAGGUCUGUGGAGCUAUGUCACCCUCAGUUCCAUUUGUUUCUGGUACAGAAAAUAGUGGCAGCAGCUUUGAGCUUACCUUUACUGCUACACAGAACUCAGAAGCUCAGUUGAAUGUGGCUGUAUUGGUAGGAAGAGGAGCAAUUCACGCUGCUAAUUAUACUGACUUGUAUCCCAGGAAUGCAAAGUGUCAUUGGUUCAUUCACGCUCCACAGAAACACAUUAGUGUAUUCUUAAUUAUUUCAGCUGGUUGGGUCAUUGACUUCAUCUUCUUUGCUGUAGACAUCUGUGGCAUCCCUCCAUUUAGUCUCCACUGGCUUUUCAGAAAACUUGCAGGAGGGGAUGAAGUACCCUACUGUUGGCCAUGGCAGGUGGGUUGGAGGUUUCUGGGCAAUCACCAAUGUGGAGGUGCCAUCAUCAACCCAAUCUGGAUUCUUACUGCAGCUCCCUCUGUGAAAUCAAAAAAUUAUCCACUCUUCUGGGCUAUUAUCAUUAGGGACCAUGACAGAACCCUGACAGAAUCAACUGAGUAGGUGAGAAGAGCCAGACACAUCCUGUUUCAUGAAGACUUUGAUACGCAGAGCUAUGACUCUGACAUUGCCCUAAUACGACUGAGCUCUCCUCUGGAGUACAACUCGGAGGUGAGGCCAGUGUGUCUCUCACACGGCACAGAGCCUCUGCUUUCCUCCGAGAUCUGUGCUGUGACCGGAUGGGGAAGCAUCAGCACAGAUGAUGGCCUAGCAAGUUGCCUACAGCAGAUUCAAGUGCCUGUGGUAGAAAGGGUCUGUGAAUGCACUUACUAUUCUGCUCUUCCAAGAGAGAUCACCGAGAAGAUGCUCUGUGCUGGCUUUGCACCGUCUGGAGGGAAAGAUUUCUGUCCUGCUUCACUUCAGGCAAAUAAUAAAAGCAAAACCUUAACAAAACAAUUGUCACCACUCAGGCCUUCAACAGACAGUGCAUCUGAGUCAGGCUGUUGCCCUGAAGUGGAACUAGAAGAGCCCAGAGGCUUUUUUCCAACUCCAGGAUAUCCACUGGACUGUAGAGGAAAAUUGGAAUGUUCUUGGGUUCUCAGAGUCUCACCAAGCAAUAUGGCAAUAUUUACCUUUGAGUAUCUGUCACUCCCUGGGUCUCAUAUGUGUCGAGACUCAGUUCUGACUAUUUAUGAAGAAAGACACAGUGAGAGGAGGAUGUCAGUUCUGGACCAUUCCUUUGUGCAAGGUGCUUUUGACAUAAGCUAUAUUGUCUUCAGAGUCCAAGGUCCAAAGGGCAGUAAAAUAAUGAGAUUUCCCCAAAGUUCACACCAAGAGCACAUCAUCACUUGUGAGAAUGUUCUUCUGACCAAGCCAGCAGGAAUCAUACAGGUCCCAAAAUAUUCUCAUGAGACCGCUGUGAGCUGCCACUGGAUGUUAGUAGCCCCUUUAAAUCACAUCAUUUGCCUUGAUAUCAUCAACUUCCAGAUGAAGCCAACGCCCUUAUCCUGUCAUAGUCACCUGUGUAUUUAUGAAGGACUUGGACCAGGCAAAAAUUUAAUGGCUAACUAA